AUGAAUUAUAAGAUAAAAGAGAAGGCAUUUCAAGUUAUUCUUAUGUUAUUAUUAUUUAUCAUAACUCAAAUUGUAGGACAAGGUUAUCAAGAAAUGAUGGAACCAAAACCUCAGGGAAAGAUUGCAAAUAUGGUUAAUGAUUGUUUUAAUACUAUUUGUAAACAUUGGAUUAAAGAAUGCCACUGGUUUUGUGAUAAUAUUCUUAAUAAAGAAGCACAUAAUCGUUGCCUCGAUUGUUUAGGAUUUCGUGGAAGGCAUUGUCUACAAUGUUUUGACCUAUAA